UCAUCUUCCGGACGUGCCUGGGGAACACUGGCAGGUAUAAUGGCUCCUCUGUGGCCCUUCGUCCUGGCAGCUGCCUCCGGAAUCCUGGCCAUGGAUACACCUUAUUCCAGUAGUCCAGCUCUGCAUCAUCUCACCAAGCAGCUAUUACAGACGUAUCGGAAGGAAGUAAGGCCAGUUCACAACUGGACCCAGGCCACCACUGUAUACUUGGACGUGUUUGUUCACGCCGUGCUGGAUGUGGUUUGGGAUGAUGAGUUUUUAUCCUGGAACUCCAGCAUGUUUGAUGAGAUUAGGGAGAUCUCUCUACCUCUAAGUGCCAUCUGGGCCCCUGAUAUCAUCAUAAAUGAGUAUGUGGACACUGAAAAAUCACCUGACCUUCCCUAUGUCUAUGUGAACUCAUCUGGGACCAUUAAACACUCCAAGCCCAUCCAGGUGGUCUCUGCAUGCAAUUUGGAGACAUAUGCUUUUCCAUUUGAUGUCCAGAAUUGCAGCCUAACCUUCAGUAGCAUUCUGCACACAGUGGAAGAUGUAGACCUGGCCUUCCUGAGGAGCACAGAAGACAUUACACAUGACCAAAAGGCAUUUUUGAAUGACAGUGAGUGGGAACUUCUUUCUGUGUCCUCGACCUACCGCAUCCUGCAGAACAGUGCUGGAGAUUUUGCACAGAUUCAGUUCAAUGUGGUGAUUCGCAGGCAUCCUCUGGUCUAUGUGGUGAGCCUGCUGAUCCCCAGCAUCUUCCUGAUGCUAGUGGACCUGGGCAGCUUCUACCUCCCGCCCACCUGCCAAGCCAGGAUUCUGUUCAAGACCAGCGUGCUGGUGGGCUACACCGUCUUCAGGGUCAACAUGUCUGAUGAGGUGCCAAGGAGUGCAGGGAGCACCCCUCUGAUUGGGGUCUUCUUCACGGUCUGCAUGGCCUUCUUGGUUCUCAGCUUAUCCAAGUCCAUCCUGCUGGUCAAAUUCCUCUAUGAUGAGCGGUGCAGCCAGCAAGAGCAGACCCUCCUGUGUCUUCGAGGGGACACAGAUACCAACCAGCCUCAAAUGGAUCCUGGGGCCCAGCUUGCUGGGGUAACAGAGUCCCCCGUCCGUCAAGAGUACCAGGCCCCAUCCGGGUCCCUGAAGGAAGUCUGGUCCCAGCUUCGAUCCAUCAGCAGCUACUUCCAGACCCAGGACCAGGUGGACCAACAGGAGCUUGGGUGGCUGGCCCUCCUGGAGCGCUUUGACCGCCUGCUCUUCCAAAGCUACCUUGCUGUGCUGGGGCUCUAUGCCGUCACCCUGUGCUCCCUUUGGGUGUCCUGGAGUGGUUAGUGAAGACCAGGCUUGCUAGUGCCCAACCAUGCUCUCCUGGCACUUGGGGAAGGCUGAACAUUUUUUCAGGAGAUAUUGGAAGGAGAGGAACGGUGAGUUAAAAAGCUCUCCAGCUUCACUUACCCCAGAACACACAUCAUCUAAUGAGCUAUUGAAUGACCCAGGAGGAAUACGCUCAUAAUGAAAAUGCAUAAACAGUGUGAGGUAUCCAGGGAAAAGUAAGCCUGCCUUCUUACCCAGUUCACUGCCCAGAAGUGACCACCAUUAACAGCCUCUUUCAGAAAAUUUCUAAGCAUACACAAACAUCGUGUAUGUUUAAACUGGUUUUCAAAAGGUGUUAAGAACACACUCCAUCUCCCAGUCCUGUCGUGGUUACUUAUUCAGUUAGUCAUUCAGCGAAACUUGCAUUGAGUGGCCAUGAAGCCCCAGGCAUUAUGUUAGGCAUACCAGAGAAUACAGAACAAGUCAAUUUCAGAUCAUUCUUCACUUGACUUGCUUCCUGAAGAAACUUGUUCCAACCAGAACACAAAAGUCUGUAUCCUGGAGCCAUGUCUGUCUCCUGGAGCUCUGGUUCCCACCAUCUCAGGGGAGUCCAUCUCCCCUGUGCCUUCUCAGCAGUGCAUUGCUAUUGGAAGGGAUCCAGACCUAGCACAUCUCAUAAACACACACCAUGCGUGAGGUGCUGAGCUGGGGGAACAAGCUUAAUGCAUGGCCCUUGGGAGUUUCAAGGAGUUUGUAAUCUGC